AUGGCAAUGGCAUCGUUUACGAAUCCAACAAAAGCAUGUGAACCGGUGAUACCGUGUGCGGGUGGCUCGAAUGGACUCACUGAUCUGGGUGAAGAUGCCAUAGGAUUUAGCUUACCGUUUUCAAAUCCCCCAAUCAAUAACUUUAACUACAUCCGUCCAUUACCUCCGCCGAGAUACCCAACCGCACCAGUGCUACCGUAUCGAUAUCCGUCACAACCUCAAAUGAAUCCUUCUGCAACCUAUCAAAACCAACCGAAAUCGUUUAAUCUCCAGUCACCACCCGUAAAUUUCCCUCCACAACACAUUCCUCGCUAUCCAUCCAACAAUUUCGCAUCUCAGAGAGCGCUGGAAAAUCAACCACGCGCUCCAUCUCAACUGCAUCUCAGCCCACCCGCUCCAUCUCAAUUGCACCUCAGCCCACCCGCUCCAUCUCAACAGCAACAACAACAACUGCAGCAGCAAGAGUUUUCGGCCGAAGAGGUUCCACCAUCCAAUUCAAUAGUUGAAGAGCCAUAUUCGCAAGAUUACCUCGAGCCAGCGCCAUACUCACGUGGUAGUGGCCGUACCGGAGGACGUCCAAAGAGUAGCAGCAGCACCCAACAAGAGUACGUUCAGACGACGAGCACAAAGACAACGACAACGAUGAGCACAACACCAGAAACACAAGCGCCACCAGAAACACAAGCGCCAACAACCACAACGCUUCCAGUGACAGCAGCCACACAGCUGCAAACGGCUGCAGUCGAGAUAACGAACGAUAAGGAAGUUGAGAUCAACAGUGACAACAAGUCGAUUGAUGAUAACAAGGUAGAGGAGGUUGAUGAGGUGUAUCGGGCGAAUAUCCUACGAACAACCCAAAUGCUUGAGCUUACGACUCAGAGUGUUGAACCGACGAGAAGUUCAAGUUCGGAUACGCAAUUUUCUGAAAAUACGUUCGAUAUCACGGAUAACAAUGGUAUUAAUACGGAAGAAACAGUGGGUAAAUCCGAGUCAACGAUGCAGAACGAGCAAAUAGAAUUGAUGAACGAUGAGAGUUGCAGCAACACGGAGUUGAAAGCGAUCAUACGACAGAAUAUCGAGAAUGAUAUACAUGUAUCGAAAAGACUCAUUAAAACGGCAGCUGAGAAACGUUUCGGAGGCGAUUUCGUCGUCGUCUGUGCGGAUAACGAUUUUUCAUUUAUUACGAACACCGAACUGUAUUGUCAAGAGACACUUGGUGAUAUUAGUUGUUAUGCGUAUCAGGAAAUAAUAUAA